AUCGCAGUUGUUUGAUGAGAGAAAAAAAAUAUUUUCAUGGAUGACGUUUGUUCAUUAUAAAAUAAAUGUUAUUUUUGUGUGUUAAUCAAUCACAACAUUAAAAAGUGCAUCAAAUAAUAAUAAUAAAAAUUAAAUUAUAAAAAAUAAAAAUUAAUAUAAACACUAUGGAGAGUAUUUUUCAUGAAAAACAAGAAGGAUGUCUUUGUGCUCAACAUUGUCUAAAUGCACUAUUACAAAAUUCAUAUUAUAGUGCUGUUGAACUUGGUAAUAUUGCUGAACAGAUGGAUGAAGAAGAAAGAAUUAGAAUGGCUGAAUCUGGUCUUGACAGCGAUGAGUACAAAAAUUUUAUACAGCAACCAUCUGAAAAUAUGGAUGACAGUGGAUAUUUUUCAGUACAAGUUAUAAGCAGUGCCUUAAAAGUAUUGGGUCUUGAAUUAAUUCCAUAUAGUAGUACUGAACCAACAGCACUUAUUGCCCAAAAAGAUCCAUCAUUAAUGCAAGCAUAUAUCUGCAACUAUAAAGAUCAUUGGUUUACUAUUAGAAAAAUUGCAAAACAAUGGUUUAAUUUAAAUUCAUUAUUAAAUGGACCACAAUUAUUAUCAGAAACAUAUUUAGCUAUGUUUUUUGUACAAUUAAUACAAGAAGGUUAUUCAAUAUUUAUUGUUAUUGGACAAUUACCAGAAUGUAUAGCAGACAAAGUACUAUUAAAAAAUCCAGUAACAGUAACACCACAAUCAUCAUCAUCAUCAUCAUCAUCUUCAUCAUCAUCAUCCAGACCAGAAUUUACAUCAGUUGGUCAUAGACUUGGUACUGCAGCUGAAAAUGAUAUUAAUAAAAUUAAACUUGCUGUUGGUGAAAUUGAUAAUAUACAUGUACCAAGUAGUUCAAAAAUUUAUAACAAUAAUAGUCGUGAAAGAAUAAUACCAAUAACAAUUCAAGAUGAUGAUGAUAAUGAUGAUGAAGAUUUAAAAAAAGCAUUAAAAUUAAGUUUAAAAGAUAAUGAAACAAUUGCUGAAUCAAUAAAUAAUUUAAUUGCCGAACCUAAAAUGAUGUAUGAUGUUCAAGAUGAUAAUAAUGAUGAUGAUGAAUUAAGAAGAGCAUUACAAAUGAGCUUGGAAUGUGCUAAUGCACAAUCAACACCUGAUCCUGAUGAUAUACGUUUGAAACGUCUUGCCUAUUUGGGCAUUCCACAUGUCAAUUAAAUUCUGAAACAAUAAUAAAGAAAAUUAUUAAUAUUUAAAAAUAAAAAAAUAUGUUAUUUAAGAAUCUAUAAAUCACUAUAUUUAUUUAUAUAUAAUUGAAAAUUAUUUUAAAUAAAUAUUGGGAUUUCAUAAUGAAAAAAAAUAAUAAUAAUAACAUUGAUGGGAAUUGAUUAAAAAUAAUAAUAAUUAUUAUUAACAAAUUAUAGAUUAAUUUUAUUUAAUUAAAUAUUUUGAUUUAGUUUUUUUCUUUUUUUUUUCUUAUUGUCAGUUUGGUUUGAAGAUUAUAUUAUUAAAAAAUUUAAAAAUAUUUUAAAAUUGUUUUUUGUUUUUAAUUUUAAUAAAUAAAAUUAUAUUUGUUAUUAAUAUUGUUUAAUUUAUUAAGCUUCAUUUUUAUGUUUGUUUAUGUCUAAAGUCAUACUGACAAAUGAUUCAUAGCAUUGCUGUGAUUGGUUGAGACUUCCCUCUCUACACAUAAACUCACAUCAACACGACUGUAUUUUUUUUAUUGACUAUUGUGACAAGGGUGACAAGUUACAGAAAUUGUAACAAGUUUUUUUGAUAUAAUUUAGUAUAUUGCUACUAUUUAUUGAUUAUAAAAAUAUUAAUAAAUAAUGGUUUAUCUACAUUUUCCAUCAAACUCAACAGAGGAAGAGAAAAUGCUUCAUGAAAAAUAUAAUAAACUCAAAAGAAAG